AUUGGAAAAAACGUCAUCUGUGACCGAACGGCGACUCCCCUGGAUGCCUUCAGGAUGAUGACGGCGGCUCACUACUACCCAAAGCUGAUGAGCAUCAUGGGGAACGUGCUGCGGUUCCUGCCCGCCUUCGUGAAGAUGAAGCAGCUGAUCCAGGAGGGUUACGUGGGGGAGCUGCUGGUGUGCGAGGUGCAGGUGCACAGCGGGAGCCUCCUGGGCAAGAAGUACAACUGGAGCUGCGACGACCUCAUGGGGGGCGGGGGCUUGCACUCGGUUGGCACCUACAUCAUCGACCUCCUGACCUUCCUCACGGGCCAGAAGGCCGUGAAGGUGCACGGCUUGCUCAAGACCUUCGUGAAGCAGACGGACCACAUCAAGGGGAUCCGGCAGAUCACCAGCGACGACUUCUGUACGUUUCAGAUGGUCCUGGAAGGCGGCGUGUGCUGCACCGUGACGCUCAACUUCAACGUGCCCGGGGAGUUCAAACAAGACAUCAUCGUGGUGGGCUCGGCGGGACGGCUGAUUGUCAUAGGCACCGACCUCUACGGACAGAGCAACAGCUCUCCUCAGCGGGAGCUCCCGCUGAAGGACUCCACGCCAGUCAGCAAAUCCUUACUUCCAGAGAAGGCCUUCAGUGACAUCCCAUCCCCCUACCUGCGGGGCACCAUUAAGAUGGUCCAGGCUGUCCGGCAGGCGUUUGAGGACCAGGACGACAGGAGGACCUGGGAUGGGAGGCCCCUUACGAUGGCUGCCACUUUUGACGACUGUCUGUAUGCCCUGUGUGUGGUGGACACCAUUAAAAAGUCAAACCAGUUAGGGGAGUGGCAGAACAUUUCAAUCAUGACCGAGGAGCCUGAACUGAGCCCGGCAUACUUAAUCAGCGAAGCCAUGCGGAAGAGCAGGAUGUCUCUGUACUGCUAGCUCCUCUCAGCUCCUAGGGAAGAAUAGGAACCAGACAGCUCUUGAAGGGAAUGGUAACUCAGCCCCUGUGAAGGGCUCGGGCAUCUUAGAAACAGCUGAGGAUACGGGACAAGGUAAUAGGAAGGGGGUUUGGAUGAACUGAAUCUGUUGGUGGCUAAAUGCCAAAGCGACAAGGUCCUUAGAAAUGCCCCAAACAGACUGGAGACAUAAGAGCUGACAUAACAACAGUAUUAGCUGGCUGAUUGGAAAGACGUACCAUGGACUCAUCUCCUGCUUGCAGGUGCUUUAGAUUAUCCAAUUGUGUUUACUGUGAAAGGUUGGGAAGAUCCUUUUAGAUCUUCCUUACCUACC